AUGCACCGUCCCUUUACAGCACUUGAGGAAGCGAAGAUCAGCAUGCCGCCUUCACUUCGCCGACGAGGAGGCCAAGCACACCAACAUCGCAUGCCCCCGCCCUCACCACCAGAAGCCCAAGACACGUCCAGCGACGCAGAACUAGACGGUCGCCAAGAUGUCGAAGAAGAAGAAGAGCAGGAUCUCGACGCCGCCGACGAUGACGAAACCCUUGGCGACGACCUAAUCGGCCUCGAGGGCGAUGAAGAAGACCAAGAAGAAGACGACGAAGAACUCGGUUCAGAAGAUGGUCUCGCAUCCCCAAACCUCCCCUCGGACAGUCUACCCAACCUCGAUCCCCCACCACCUUACCUCCGCGAAAUCUCCACCCUAGCAUCCUGGACCGUCUCUUCUUCCAAACCAGGCUGUUCAAUUCCCCAACUGCGGCACCCGAACACGAACCUCUUUUGGCAAUCCGAUGGACCACAGCCUCACUAUCUCAACAUCCACUUCUUCAAACUCGUCCGUAUUGUGGGAUUGAGACUGUAUCUCGACUUCGAACAAGACGAGAGUUAUACACCCACGAAGAUCAUCUUCCUCGCUGGCAGCGGGCUGAACGACCUCCAGGAAUGGGGCGAGAUGCGAUUGGAGAGUCCGAGGGGAUGGAUCUGGGCUGACUUCUCGGGGGUAGGAGAUCCGGAUAGUGAUGAUGAGGGUGGUGACGACGACGACGAAGAAGGUGAUGGAGGAGGGAACGCAGGCGAACGGCCACAACGUCUCCUCACAGACGCCUUACACUUGAACGGCGGUAGGAGAGGCAACGACGCAUCUUCUGAUUCUGAAAACGCGGCGCCAGGCCAGGGAGGGGAUAUGGAUAUGCAGACACCGGGACAGCAAGAUACGCCCCUACCUCCUUAUCCUUCAUACGACACACCCCAACCCACCCAACAGUCACAACCCCCUCCACCAGCAACCCGCACCCGCACCCGCCGCGCAAACCUCCACCCAAACCCAACCGUCACACCAACCCAAAACCACCCCCCAUCAACACCCACCAUCCCCCCAUCCACACAAACACAACCGCAAACCCUCCCCCGCCCCCAUCCUCGCGCCCCUUUCGCAUCUCUCUCACCCAACCCCGCACCGCGCCCCGCUCCCUCAAAUACCUUCUCAACACCAAAGCUACCUGUGCUACGAGCGCAUCUGGUCCAAAUCAAGAUAUUAGAGAAUCACCAGAAUGGCAAGGAUACGCAUUUGCGCGGCUUACAAAUCUUUGCUCGCAACGACGAAGACGGGUUUAAGGGGAGUGGUGGUGGUGGCGGGCAGGGACAUAAGGGCGUGACGGCGAGGAUAGAAGGAAGUGGGUUGCAGGAGAUGGUUAAGAGGGAGAAGAAGGAGAGGAAGAGGAGGGAGGAGAUGUUGGAGUUGGGUGGGGGGGUUAUGGGGAUGAGUAUGGGUGGAGGUGGAGGAGGGAUGGGGGGCCUGACCGGCGGCGACGAGGCAACCUGGCAACACGACACCGAGUAG